AGCCAAGACCAAGCCCCCCUGGCAUUGGGAGCCAUAUGGCAUUUUGAAGCAGCUUGUCCUCCCUACAUAAACGCGAGUUGCUCAAAUAGGCGGCCCAAAAUGGACGCAGAUAUUGACCCCAGUUCCUUUGACCUUGUGGUGGUCGGCACGGGGCUCCCGGAGUCCAUCAUUGCAGGCGCUGCAGCGCAGGCGGGCAAGACCGUCCUCCACCUGGACCCAGCCGACAAUUAUGGUUCACACUGGGCCACCCUGCAACUGGACACGUUUGUGGAGUGGGCCAAGAGAGGCGGAGCAACGGCCCCUUUGAAAUAUGGGUCUGAUGGGCCAGAUUCUGGAACGAAUCCAACCCAAGCUCCCACAGCAUCCGCCUGCCCUACAAUGGAAUCAGAACUAGAAGUUGUCCCUCUCGCUGCGUCUGCCCCAAUCUUCAGCGACUUCGCUUUACAAGUGGGAGAUGCAGCAACGCACUUGGCCAAUUGCGUGCUGCCCCCUGGCGUUGAAGCUCCCAAAAAGUAUGGGGUGGACCUCGCUGGGCCGCGGCUUGCUCUGGCGAGUGGGGCGGUCAUUGACCUCUUGAUCCAGUGUGGGGCGCACAACUACCUAGAGUUCAAGGCUGUGGAAGGCAGCUUCACCUGGCGCAACGGCCAGCUAGAGCCCGUCCCUUCUUCUCGUGCGGACGUGUUCAAGAGCCGCUCGCUGAGCCUGGUUGAGAAGCGGCACCUCACCAAGUUCUUCAAACUAGUGACUGAGAGCAACAUCGAGAGGGAUCCCUCUGACGGCGGGGAUAGUGUGUCUGAAGAGGACCUGGACAUGGCUUUUGGGGCCCUCCUGACCAAGCACAACCUGCCGCCGUCUAUCAGACAGUCCCUGCUGUACUCUGUUGCCUUGCUCACCCACGACCAGGACAGUGGCCCCGCUGUUACUGCCCGGGAGGGCCUGCGUGCCAUCACAGCCUACCUGCACUCCGUUGGAAGGUUCGGUCCUGGCGUUGGCGCCUUCCUGUAUCCCCUGUACGGAAGCGGAGAGCUGCCCCAGGCCUUUUGCCGCAUUGCUGCCGUCAAGGGCGCCCUCUACGUGCUGCGGCGGGGCGUGCGCGCCCUUCUGCUCGACAAGGCCUCGCGCCGCCUCCGAGGCGUUGUCACGACCACCGGGCAAUCGCUCCGCACGUCCAAACUCGUCUCAGGGCCUGGGCUUCUCGAAUCGCUCCCAAAAGCAGAGACGCAAGCUGAGUCUCUCGGGACCAUUCCCUUGGAACUAUAUAACGGUACGACGACGCCCUCAGAAGAGCGCUUCAUCGCCCGCUUCGUUUGUAUAACGGAUACGCCCCUGACGCCCGGCCAGUCAAACAUCCUCGUCACCUUUCCGUCCGGGUCGCUGUCCAUGGCGCUGCCGGCGCAUCCCGUGCGCGUUUUCCAGGCUGGGGAGAGUGCAGCCGUCGCUCCAGCGGGGCGCUUUUUGGUACAAGUUUCGACAAUUGGAUCGGAGGGCCGCUCUGCUAGGGAGGACUUGCAACCCGUGGCCGAGGCCCUGUUCGAGACGAGAGGAGACGCGGACGAGGAAAGCGGACAGGGGGAAGAGGCCAGUAACAGGGCCUUGGAAGCAACUGAUGAACAGGGAGCUUCGCGGGGGACCCGUGAGGCCGGAGGCGUUGGGGAACGGAUUGAGCAAACGGGUAGCGAUACGGCGGGGAAUGGGGGAAGGCCUGCGGAGGAGAACGGGUCCUUCUCUUCAGGCUUAGGAGCAGCUUCUCCGGAGCCCAAUUCUGGACCGACCCCUUCCCCCUUCAACGCGGAUGUGCCGGGAAGCGGGGUCGCAGCCGAAGCGGGCAUUUCCGGAACGGAUGGGCAGCAAGUCCGGACGGUAGACGGUGCAAAUUCGGACGGUGCUGCUGCUCAAACGUCCGAAUUUCGGAAGCCCAGGCUGCUCUGGUGUGUGUACUUCAAGCAGAGAGUUGCGGCGGGGCAAGAGCUAGCGGAAGGGGACAUCUACGUAUGCGGCUCACCUGACGAAAGCCUCACGUAUGGACACGUGGCGGAGGAGGCGGAAACGGCUUUUAAGCGGCUGUUCCCAGACCUACCGUACUACCCUCCUCAAGCUCCGGAGCCGGAAGAAGCGCCCGACGAAGACGAGGCCGCGGAGUGACGGAGCUGGAGGCACGGCUCUGGCCUGCCACAUGACUAGUGCAUCUUGCAUAACGGGCAGGAUGUGGAAUAAGCACGCAUUCUCACUUGAAUAAGCACGCAUUCUCACGCAGCUUCGUCUCUCCUUUGAGGAAGACAUCCGGUGAGGAGUUUGAGCGCAAAAAAGGGGUCGGUGAUGUAUGCGUACCGCACAUGUUGCAAGCAACCGUGCAUUUAAGGCGAAGACUCAUGACAGCGGAGUGAUGCAUGUCGGAAAUAUAGUUGAGGAUAUGCAAAGCACCCCAAACGCCGUGUAUGGCAAUUAAGAUUGCUACAUUAGUGGCUCUGGCAGUCUGGUCUAUAUUCUGAUGUACUUAGUACUCAACCACCUUGAAAUCAUUUAC